AUGCUGGGCGAUUUGUUGCUCUUCGGGUAAGUGGGGCGGGGGGGGGAGGGGAAAGAUGCAGGGUUGCUAAGCAACGCCUGUCCCCAAAGGAGGGGGCAGGGCAGGAGAGGAUGAGCCCCCCCUUGCAAUGGGGGGGGGUUAAAUAGGGCGCCCCUGCAGCAGGAGCUGCACCUGACGGAUUCCUGCCUGUCGCGCAGAUAGGAGGCUGAUGGUAGCGGCAGGGGAGGCCAGGAGGAGAGGCGAUCUUCUUUGGCUUCAUUCCCUCCCGACAUCUGGCCCUCCAGAUGUUGCUGCGCUCUUGACCUCCCCCCCCCCCCGGCAGCCAGCAGGACCAGUGGUUAGGGAUGGUGUGGCGAUGGGGGGUGCUAAUAAUAAUAAUAAUAAUAACAAAUUUUUAUUUAUAUCCCGCCCUCCCCAGCCGAAGCCGGGCUCAGGGCGGCUAACAGCAAUCAAAUAAGACAACAUUUUAAAAUCAUUUCAUUAGAAAAUUACUUCAAAUCAAAUUGAUGGCAACCAUUGGGUAGCGUUCUGUGAAGAUUGCCCGAGGAGGGAGUCAGGCUGUGCUCCGGCCAAAGGCCUGGUGGAACAGCUCUGUCUUGCAGGCCCUGCAGAAAGAUGUCAAGUCCCGCAGGGCCCUAAUCUCUUGGGACAGAGCGUUCCACCAGAUCGGGGCCACAGCCGAAAAAGCCCUGGCUCUGGUUGAGGCCAGCCUAACCUCUCUGUGGCCUGGACCUCCAAGAUGUUUUUGUUUGCAGAUCGUAAGUUCCUCUGUGGGACAUACCAGGAGAGGCAGUCCUGUAGGUACGAGGGUCCUAGGCCUUAUAAUAAUUUAUUUAUACCCCACCCAUCUGGCUGGGUUUCCCCAGCCACUCUGGGCGGCUUCCCACAGAAUAUUAAAAUACAAUAACCUACUAAACAUUAAAAGCUUCCCUAAACAGGGCUGCCUUCAGAUGUCUUCUAAAAGUCAGUUGUUUUUGACAUCUGGCGGGAGGGCGUUCCACAGGGCGGGCGCCACCACCGAGAAGGCCAUCUGCCUGGUUCCCUGUAACCUCACUUCUCGCAGGGAGGGAACCACCAGAAGACCCUCGGAGCUGGACCUCAGUGUCCGGGCUGGACGAUGGGGGUGGAGACGCUCCUUCAGGUAUACAGGAUCAAAGCCGUUGAGAAAAACCCCAUCCCUUGAAAGCUGCUCAGUUUCUCUUUUUCCUUCUCUCUUUCUCCCCCCCCCCCAUGCAGGACACUGUUGGUCAACGCAGGAGCAGUGUUAAACUUCAGGCUGUAAGUGCUCAGAGGUGGGGGGAGCAGCUGGGCUGGGGAGGGAGGUGGGGUUCAGCUUGGGAGGAGGACCACAGUUCUGGCUUGGAAGAAGGGGUUCAGGAUUCGGGUGCUCAGGAGAAACCACCUUCCGGCCACUUGUUCUCGCAGAAAGCGCCGCGUUCAAGUCUCCAGCUGCACUCCAUUGUCUUCCGAGACGGACGGAUGUUGGGACGUAGGUGUUCCGUUAAGCCAGAACUCAUCGGUGGAGCUCUCGUCUUCUGUUCAUUUGUCCAGAUCCCUUUCAAAACGCUUCCAUUUCAUAUCAGUUGUGAGAUGCUUUGGCUUGCUGUAAAUCCUCCUCUCUCUUGCCUCUUAGGAAGACGAGAGAGAGCCAGGGCUUUGGUGAAGAAGUGAGGGAACCCACAACAGGUAAGACCCUCCAGGCAGGUGUGGGGUUGUAGCUGAGGCCUCCAUACUGCGCCCACCUUGCCGUGCCCUCUAAAACCCCCACUGAGGUGGUGUGAUUUCAUAGCUUUGGGAUACCCCCAUGCCAACCAUGGGGAAGGGCUUUGGGUGACAGGUGGAGGGUGCCUUGGACACUGAAGCCUCCAGCCUGAAGCCCCGGACAGCUGCUGCCAGUCAGUGUAGGCUGUUCUGAGAUCGGUGGCUAAUGAUCCGACAGCUGCUUCUGCAAGAGAGUCCUUGCAUGGGAUAGCUUUGCCCUCCGUUGAGCCAACAGGAAACCCGACGCGAAACCACACCGCUGCCUGGUAUUCCAGACCGCUUGGUUCCACAUUGGUUCUGCAAUUGCUUUAUCUAAUUCCUCAAGGACGGCUGCGAGUUCUGGACACUUAAGGAUCCCGAUUAAUUCUUACGCUAGAGCCGGAACGUUGACCAUUAGCAGUGCCUGGCCUCUCCCUUGAGCCUGGUUCCAUGAAGAUGGUUCUUAAUAACAAUCUUGCAAGAAUGAAUCCAUAUUCAAAAAAACAACAAAUCUUCCCAGCUUCCAGGGGCUUCCCAUUUUUCAAACACAAUUUCCUCCUGCAUUAACUGUGCCUCGUGGCAUUUCAAAAAAGCGCCUAGAAUUGAACUCCAAAGUCAGAAAAAUGUUCUAGUGCUACUUAUAAAUUGCAUCUUGUUUGAUAAACCGGAGAGUCACCCUGCAUAAUUUUCUCUUGUAACUUCCCCUUUCAGGAUUCAUAUGAUUGAAUUACUUCUAAGGAUUCCCACCAACACAUUACAUCUAUUUUCCACUUUUUUUUUAUAAAAAGAAUGAAUUGCAAAGUGCCUUGCUCAUCACUUUGGUACUUAAAAUAUAACAACUGCAAGCAGCCUCAAAGCUGGGGCUCAGGGUUUCUUCAAAACUUGAAAACCAGUGCAGUUUUUAAAGGUUUGGUCUCCCAUCUUGAUUUGAAAUGGCGCCCCAUUGUACCCCAACGCCGGCAAUAAUAUGCUCCUUGAUCUUUGCAACCGUUGCGCAAAAUCUGGUUAUGAGCAAGCAGAGAGACAAACAGCUUUCCAAAUACUUGUUAGUAGAUUAAUUAGUUCCCGUUAUUGUGCACAAUUGUCGUUGUGCAUGAAAGGAGUAUAGCUUGAGAGGACUGGGGCAGCAAUAGGGACACUUGCCAUAUUAUUUUAUUUUAUUUCCACCUAGGUGAUAACAUCAGGGAGUUUCUGCUGAGCCUGAGAUACUUCCGGAUUUUCAUCGCCCUGUGGAAUAUCUUCAUGAUGUUCUGUAUGAUUGUGUAAGUCAGUGGGGGGAAAAGGGUGUCAUCUUCCCGGUUGCGCGGUUGGUUUUGGGGCAUUUUACGUUCAUAUUUAUUACUUGCAGCCUCGUACCCGGCGCUGCUCAGGAACCGAAGGGCUAUGGGGAAGCUGGAUUUGAGCCAGUAAGAGGUCCAGAUUUCACCUCGGCCAUUGGCACACCAUGGCUCUUUCUUUUGCAAUAUUGGGGACAAUAACCUUGGGCCUGUUUAUAACCGAAAUAAUAUGUUGUCCAUUUUCUCCCUGCUUUUGUCUUCUAGGUUAUUUGGAUCUUAA